UUCUGAAUCCCUUCUUUACAUCUCAGAAUCAUAACAUUCCUGUCCGAGAAAGAAUUGCAAUUCAUCUUAUUGCGUGUUGAGCGUACACUAUAAUUUACUGACAUUUAGUACUUAAGCUGUACAUGAAUGUAAGAAAGGGAGACAAUAGUAGACAUUAAACUUACAUGUCACAUAAAAAAGAGCUAAUAACACCAAAAACAUGCCACUUCUUUACAGUGUUGUAAGCCGAGGGACUACCGUCUUGGCUAGAUAUGCCAACAACUGCACUGGAAAUUUUUCUGAAAUAACAGAGCAGGUUCUCGCACAAAUCGGAAUAGAUGAUUCCAAAAUGACUUAUUCUCAUGGGUCUUAUUUGUUCCACUAUAUUUUACAAAAUCGUAUUAUCUACCUGUGUAUCUCUGAUGAUGAAUUUGAGCGCUCCAGAGCUUUUUUGUUCCUGAAUGAAAUAAAAAAGAAAUUUACUUACACUUUUGGAGCACAUGCAUAUUCUGCACUACCUUAUGCAAUGAACAUGGAGUUUUCAAAAACCCUAGCAGGAUUAAUGAAACACUUCUCUGAAUCCCGGGAUAUCGACACCGUUUCCCAAGUUCAAGGAGAUCUAGAUGAUCUGAAAAAUAUCAUGGUGAAGAACAUAGAUUCCUUGGCGGCACGCGGGGAACGACUAGAAUUGCUAGUUAAUAAAACAGAAAGUCUCAGUGCGUCUUCAGUAACGUUCCGCAAAUCAAGUCGCAAUUUGGCUAAAUCCUUAUUCUGGAAAAACAUAAAAAUAGCUACAAUCACGCUGACGGCGAUUUUGGUUGUGGUUUACUUUGUCGUUUCCAUCGCGUGUGGAGGUCUUGAUUGGCACUCAUGCGUGAAACAGAGUUGAUGAAUAGUACAUGCGCCGUAAGAAAAUCAUCUCAAGAAAACAAUUUUGUAUAAUUCGGUAUAUGAUUGGUUAAUCUUAAAAGGUCACUGAAUACGAUAUUUGUUCCGUUGUUA